AGCAGUCAUGCAGGCUUCGAUGCGUUCAUUGUCAUGCCUCAAACGCUUGAUGCCGUUUCAGGGAAUGGCAGGAGUGCAUUUUGAUGCCAUCCUGACGUCCCCACCCAGGAUCCCUGAUAUUGCAUCUUGCAGAGCCAUCUCAUCAAUUAGUUUCGAAGGUGUUGUGACUCCUGACCAAGAAUAUCGAGCGUUCCGGGAAUCAAGGCUGGGCUUUAGUACAGACACAGGUAUUCCCCAAGACAGCUCGUCCUCAGGGGGUGACACUCAGUUUCAAAGGAUUCUGCAGCAUCCAAGCACGGAAUUUGGAUCAGAGGCUAGCGCGAGCAGCAUUCCAGAGGAAGACCCAGAGGAUGCAGAGGGUGAUGCCGAGGGCGACGACGCUCAAGAAUUGAGAGAGCGCCUGCUGAAAGCAGCUUUGGCACACGUGAAGAACAAGGGCUGGUCUGUUGCUGCACUGCAGAGCGGUGCAGAGGAUCUGCAGUUGUCCAGAUCAGUAUCAGGUAUUGUUUCAAAUGGUGCUGCUGGGCUGGUUGAGUACUUUGUGGACGACUGCAAUCAGCGCCUUGCAGCUGAGCUGGACAGCCGGGAGAAAGAACUGGCGGGGACGAGAGUGCCUGAACGCGUCCGCAUGGCAGUGCGCAUGCGCUUGGAGAUGCUCAUACCAUACAUUGACACCUGGCCGCAGGCCUUGGGCAUCCAGGCGCACCCUGGCCAUGUGGCGACAGCUGUGCGGCAGCGCGCUGAGCUGGCGGACGACAUAUGGCACGCCUGCGGAGACACAUCCACAGACUACAACUGGUACACCAAGCGCGGCCUGCUGGCGGCAGUCUACGCGGCCACGGAGCUGUAUAUGCUCACCGAUUACUCACCCGGCUACGCCGACACGUGGCGUUCCCUCGACCGCCGGCUUGCCGAUGUGAAGCGGCUGGGGGGCGCCGCCGCGGAGGCUCGGCAGGCCAUGAGCAGCGUGUUAGCAAGUGUUGGGUCGAUGGCGGAGUGGGCUCAGGAGGCUGUCAUCCAAGCUCAGAGGCGCCGCCAGCAACAAUAAUGCAAAGGAAUGAAGCCUGCACGUAACGAUGAGCCCUGAAUCAGCCUGACUCAGGGGCCUCUGAGUCGGAGGGCUUGGAUGAAGUUCAACAUUUGAUGAUAAUUAGAUACUGCAGACCUUGAUGUAAGCAGCUGCUGCAUCACUAAGGAGUCCUUGUGACAACUCUUCAUGCACUUGGCCAAAAGGCUUCAUCAUGAUGCUGACUUAUAAGAGGAACGUUCCUGAAGGGCCUAGGCCUUCAUCUUGAUCAAGCUUCAAACGCAUGCGCGUAAGCAUAUAUGCAGCAAAGCUACAGCAGCAUAAAAUUGUAGAUCUUCCUGCUGCUGUAAAAUUUUGCAACCC